AGCACCUUAAUUUUCUCUUUAUUCACUAUUUCUCAAAAUAUUUCUAUUGUUCUAUGCAUACAUAUUUGCAUAUUACAUACAAAAAAUAAAUAACGAAAUUCAAAUUUUCUAACAUAUCGUAUAUAUACAUUUGAAACCGAGCGCUAUUGCACUUGUGAAAAUAUUUUCAAACCGGAAAGGCAUCAUGAAUUGCGUAGCAGCGAACUGUUAUGAACAAGAACACAAAGCGUGCCACCCAAGCACGAGCGGCACGCUCCGUUCGUCUAACCUCAUCGUCCACAAAAAACCGGCUUGGGCCGCAAAAGGGUCUAUGUGUGAACUGGGACAUUCUCGCCUCUCAUCUCUAGAUGUAUGUAUGGGAUAAUUCGCUAUAAAACAUGCAGUUUUAUCGGUGUCUCUUUUUGUUUGACAUUUGUAAUUGUUAUUUUUCAACAAUAAUGUUUAAUCUUAAAGCUUGUUGAAUUGAAUGCAAAGUUUUUGGUAAUUUCUUAUAAUAAUCUCUUAAAAAUUCCACAAUGUCUGACGAGGAGAUUAUAAAACGUCGCUUAUUAAUUGAUGGAGAUGGCACAGGCGAUGACCGGCGUCUUAACAUGUUACUUAAACAAUUCCUCAAAUGGACCUUUUCCAAAAAUGAUUCCCCGGAAAACAAUCAAAUAAUCUACGAUCGAUUGCUGGCACAAAUGGCGCAAUGUGAAUUUGCGGCGGCCAAAACAGAUUAUACGUCUAAAAUGAUACAAGAAGAAUUAAAAAACUAUGCUAAGCUUUCCGAUUCCAUUGAAAAGAGCAUCGAGUUGGCUAGAAAUGAAAUUGAAGAAAGUAAACGAGAACUUGUUCUAGCAAAACAGAUACGUAGGAACAAAAUGGAGUACGACAUGCUGGCAAAGGUCAUUAAGGAGCAACCCGAUCGUAAGGAUACUACCAAACAGAUAGAUGCUCUCAAAAAAGAUCUUUCUGAAUUAAUGGAAAAGAAAAUAAAGUUGGAGCGUAAAUUCCAAAAACGGCGUAACGAUUUUACACUCCUCAUGUAUUCGAUUCGAGAACUACAAGCACAGUUAGAAGAAGAUAGUAGCAGUGAAAGUAGUGACGAUGAGGAAUUGAAUGGUUUGGACACGAUGGAUCUUAGUGAUGAUGAGGGCAUAACUGUGCGCGCUGAGAAAAAUAGCAUAGAGUUAGCUGACGGAAAGUCUUUAAAAAAGGAUUCACCUACAGAUGAGAAUGGUUCCAAAGGAAAUAUGUCGGUGGACGAAGACGCUAUACUCGAAUUAAGUAUUGAUAAGGACGAGAGUGAUGUGAAGAUGGAAGAAACCGUAACAGUUCCCUAGCAUUUAGAUUACCUCGUUAUUGAUUCCGAUUAAAAAUACUACAUAAACAAAAAAUUUAAAUAAUUUACAUACAUAUAUUUUUAAUAUACUGAAAUAAACAAACAAUUUACGACAAAUAUCUUGCAUAAAUUUACUAUAGUACGACUAGCGAGUAAAUACAAAAUUACAACGAAUGGGCGGCAACUAGUUUGAUCUGUCAAUAACAGCUGGUAAACGGCCGUAAGAAAAUUCAGUCAAAGUUGUUUUGUAAUUCAGUAUGGCUGUAACAAAGACUUUGCGCUCAUUAUUGCAAGAGCUACGUUUGGCUUCACCUAACGGUUGCAUCAAAAACUCGCUGGCCGCACGAUAUAUCCUGGCACAAUACAAGAAAUACUCUACCACAGACUUGCAAUUGUGUAAGGCGCGAGAUGAGGCGUUAUUCCUGGGUCAAACUUAUUUAACAUACUUAUCCAGCUUGCGAAAAUACAAUGAAUUGUACAAAGAGUACCAUGGUCGUGGUGAACGCAGCGUCAAAGAAACUGCGGAUUUGGUUGGCUUCAAAUUGCCAACGGAUCCUAAAUAAAAAUUGAUAUGUAAUGAUGAAUGUUAGCUCUAUUUGGUUUCUUGAUAUGAACGAUCUUUUUCAGUGAAUGAAAAUAAUAUAGUAUUGUAAUAUUGAUAAGAAUGUGAUUUUUUGAUGGAUUCAAUAAUACAAAGCAAUGUAGCUGACUACUGUAAAAGCAA